AUGGCUUCAUCAUUAGGUUUAAAACGAAAUGCAUUAGUAGUAGAAAAACGAAUUGAUAAUCAUACACAAUCAUAUCCUCCAUUAGAUUAUUCGUUUCACAAUGCACGAAAGCUCGAAGAUGCAGUUGUUGAACCACGUGUAUCAACGGGCGGUUCAAAAUUAGUUGUGGAAGGUGACCGGUAUCAUUCUUAUGGAAUCAAUUUAAAUCAUAACUCCUUAAGUGGUCCUAUGGAUACAUUUCCGGAGUUUUUACGAAAAACUCUCAUGAAUCCAUUUGCUCUCGCGUCAUUGGAUUUAUCGUUUAAUGAAUUUACUGAAAUUCCCACAGUUAUAACACGAUUGCCUUCAUUGAAAUAUUUCUAUUUUCAUAAAAACAUGCUCAGCGAUCCAGGUGAAGUACAGAAAUUAGCUUCGUUGAGAGAACUAAAAUACUUAACAUUGCAUGGUAAUCCAGUUGAAAUGAAUGUGCCUUAUCUACGUUCGUACGUUCUCAGUUUAUUACCGGAUUUACGUAGUUUGAAUUGUACACCAGUAACAAAAGGUGAUCGCCAAAUAAGCGGCGUGUGGAGUGUCAUGAAUAAAAAUUUGCUUCCGAAAACUUCAAAUAAAAAUUUAAAAAAAUAA